AACUGGCCAUCGCUUAAAAGCAUAAUCUUAUAUUGGCGUGUCACUAGGAUACUGCUUAGAAAAGAAUGACGUGAACUGAGCAUCCUUUUGAGUCGGGUUGAUUGUAUGCAAUGCUUCGGUUGACCUCAAAUUUUCCUGUUUCCACAGUGAAACUCCGCCCGUGCACACUUUGGUUGACCAACUCCAUCACCGUAUACCCCUCUUGAAUUUAGAAUGACCGCUUAUGCUAUUGAUGAAACGUUGAAACGAUUAUCGGGUCGAAAAGGAGUGAAAGGCGUGGUCAUUCUCAAUGGAGAAGGACAAGCCAUUCGUUCCACGCUCGAUCAAGACUUGACGAAACAAUAUGGUCAACUGAUUUCUAAACUCGUUCAACAAGCUCAAUCCACCGUGACUCAACUCGAUGACCAGAAUGAAUUGACAUUUUUACGAGUUCGCACAAAGAAACAUGAAAUUAUGAUUGCCCCUGAUAAUGAAUAUCUGCUGAUCGUGGUUCAAAAUCCUUCAGAAUCCAUUCAAUAAAAUAAGAACAUACCAGCGUUUUCCACAGUGGCAAUGAAAGGC